AUGACACUCGCACGCCAAUCCCUAUCUUCCUUUCGACGUCUCCCAACCAUCACAUCCGCACUACGAAGCAAACCCACGUAUGGUCCUUAUACCUCCUUACGUAUGGAGUCAGGAAAAGUCAAGACCCCCGUCUCGUCCGAUCUCAAGCACGACAAGAAAGUCACAGACCACACCGACGGCGCCAUGGCUUCACUCAAGGGCGCGCCCGGGAAACGAGACGCAAACUCUUUCGAAAGUCAGAAUUUGACAGAAAAAGAAAAGAAGACCAAUAGUCAAAAUGCGCAAACGAACGAUAGCAAGGAGGGUAUGUCGGGCGAGAAGACGGACAGCUUUACAAAGUCGGGAAGGUCACACAAGGUUCUUGACAUCAAUCAGCCAAGGUGCCUGUGUUUUCCACAGAAAAUGUGCGGAAUCAUCCCAUUUGUUAAAGGCCUCUAUGAAGAUCUCCUAGAAGCCAUAGACGACCUCUUCCCCAGCCGGACCGUCGACACAGCUCCGCUCAUGAACAAUCGUCAAUCAUUUCCGUUGACACAGCCUUAUAACCAAGCGUACACAUCAGCCUCUCGUCCAGUCGCAGAGGAACAUUGCGAGGUCACAGAAAGGCUAGAGGUCAGAGCGGCUCGCGCAAGAAUGCCUUCGCCUCCGAGAGGACAGCCGACCAGAUGA